GGCAGUAAGUAGUGAUUCGUAGGUGUGUAGCGCAGCUAGUGCUCGGAGCGAGCGCUCGGCGUCGCCUCAGUCGCCCCUAGGCCAAGAUGGCCACGCUGCGAUCAAUGAAACUCUCGAGUAAAUCGCGUAGUAAAACACGCUGCACGGGGUGUUAAAAUAAGCCGUUGUCCCGAGGAACGAGCGAGCCGCGCUCGUGUCCGGUGUGCGUGCGUGGGUGCGUGCGUGUGAGAGAGCGAGCGAGAGAGUGGCUCAUUGCGGGUGCCCGGCGCCUCGCAUCCUUCGUCGCCGCCGAUAAAUGGGCCAUGGGAAAGGACCAGGAGCUGCUCGAAGCAGCCAGGAACGGCAACGUCGCCGUCGUCGAGAAGAUCCUCGGGCAGCGCGCGAAGAGGAGUGGUCCCUUGGCAAGUCUACGCCGAGGUCCAGGAGCUAAUGUGCAAGACUCAAGCGGAUAUUCGGCGCUCCAUCACGCCGCUUUAAACGGACACAAGGAAGUGGUGAAGCUGCUUCUCCAGCAUGAAGCUUCGACCAAUAUCAUCGAUGCUAAGGGCUCUUCUCCGCUUCAUUUAGCGGCGUGGUCCGGAAACUCGGAAAUUGUGCGAUUAAUUCUGAGUCAAGGGCCAUCGGUGCCGAACGUCAACCUUACGACCAAAGAUAACGAGACAGCGUUGCACUGCGCUGCACAGUAUGGACACACGGAAGUCGUGGCACAGCUGCUGCAGUACGGAUGCGAUCCCAGCAUCCGCAACAGCCGCGGAGAAUCCGCCCUGGACCUGGCCGCACAGUAUGGAAGGUUGGGGACAGUGGAGCUGUUGGUGCGAACUCAUCCCGAGCUAAUCGAGUCUUUGCGCAGCUCCUCGUCCUCCUUGAUCUUCCCACAUACACCUCUGCACUUGGCUUCGCGUAAUGGUCACCGUGCCUGCGUCGAGGUGCUUCUGGCGGCAGGGGUGUACGUCAACACCCGAACAUCAGCCGGCACGGCCAUGCACGAGGCCGCGCUCUGCGGCAAGAUGGAAGUCGUGCGAACGCUACUGGAUCGCGGAGUCGACCUCGCCAUAAAGGACUCCCGACACAACACGGUGCUCGACUUACUUGGACAGUUUCCCGCUCACGUCACACAGGACAUAACAGCUGUGAUUAAAAGACACCGAUCAUCAUCCGGAAUCGAGAGCGACGCCGACAGUGAAAACCUGCCGCCGAUUCCGGUGCAUCAAGGUAAUGACUCUCUUGGCAGUCCGUACGAGAAUGUUCGCCCCGGCGACGAGCUUUCUCCAGCGGAAGGGGCAUCGCCGACUCGGUGGCAACUCUAUCACAAGCCACGGGACGACGAUCGUCGUGUGUCUGCUAACUCUGCGAUGUCAUUCGAAGACGAGCUGUACGGGGAACCGAUGGACGGAGCAUGGAGGCACCUCCAGCUGACCGAGGACUCUGACCCCAGCUCCGUCUUCGACAGCGUCUUUAUGUCCAUGUCCGACACAUUGAACUCGAUAAACACCCUUGCAAGCUCAGACCAAACACCCGAAGACAGACCACUUAACACUAACCUGAUCACAACACCGUCACGAGACACUCCACGGGGCUCGGACAGCGGACUCUAUCAGACACCGCCGGUGCCGCGAGCGCUCGCCGAGGGCUACAACUCAGAGGACCAACUGUCGCUGACGCUGCCGGCUGGUUGUUACGGAGGUCGCGAGUCCGAUCAGCUGAGCGUCUCCUCGUCGUCGAGCAUCGGUGGGCCCAGUCCACGAGAGAGACGCUGUCCUACGGGAGAGUCAUCAUCGUCCGGACCUGGAAUCUAUCUGCCCAUGGCGCCGCUUUCGAGCUCGCUUCACAGUCCGGCGUCCAGUAGCAAGGUUUCGAACGGCGGUCUUCCGUCGACUUUGCAGCCAACGCCACCGAAGAAGCCGCCGCGUCGCAACCUCUCGGUCUCCCCGACGCACCUUCAGACCCAGAUGUCCUUGUCAGCGGACUGCCACGUCGGGCCCAGCAACUACGAGUACUUGUUCCUGGCCCGCAGCGGCGGUGCCCACAGCCAGAUCGACCUCGACCAGAUCCAAGCCCGUCGCGAGCAGCUGCGCCACGUGACCCGGAGCGUCGACCAGUACGUCGACAUGAAGUCUCGCUUUGACCAGCACCAGCAGCAGGACGGCAAGGGCAGCGACGUCGAGCCCGUGGCCAUAAUGGGGGAGCGCCAGAUGCGGAUGACCAACCCGCGCAGGAAGCUCAGGCGACACGCGUACGAGCGCUCGGCCUACGAGAACUACGAGAUGGACAGUAGUCCCGGCGCCGACAAGUCGCCCUGCAGCGACGGCCACGAGCGCACCUUCGUCUCCAACGCCUUCCUCACGCUCAAGUCUUCCCAGGAGAGUCUGCUGGACGACAGCAAGGAACCGGCGGGCGAAGCCACCGAUAAGAGACUCAAGCGUGUGCAGAUGAUGCUGCCCACAAGCCCGACGCACUACGUGCAACCGCCGACUCCGGACCACCCGCCGCCGUCGGCGCUGCAAGCUGAAAAGUCCAUCCACGAACGCAUUCGUCCAUUAAGCCAGGUAUACAAGCGGCGCUCGCGCGACAUGGAAACGGAAACGGAGGAGGAGCUGCUGCAGUUUCCGGCUGGAGGAUCCCUCGACGCGUCGAGCGGCUCGCUAUCAUCGGUCUCACUCUCCGACAAGAGCAUGUCGACGGACAACGUCGAAGAAUACUUCGGCGACGUGCCCUUCGCAGGUCUACUGAAGGGUUCGGUCUCGGCUGCGGAGCGUCCGCGCACGCUGCGUCGGCUGCGCAACGUCUACUCGCCGGCGACUGGAGGUAUGGGCACCGGAGCCGACGUCGCCGGCGAGCAGCGACUCGAGCAUCACCACCAGUCUCAUCAUCAUCACCAGCAGCAGCAGCAGCAGCAUCAGCAGGAGUCUCGUAGUUCCGGCGACGAGCUCGGCAGUGGCAACCAACGCGACGACAAGACACUCAGUAUCAUGAGCCCCUUUGACGAGCAAGAGGAAUGGGCCAAGAUCUCGGAAAUCAUGGCCUCCUUCGGCACCGGACUAGUGCGCGAGUCCGUCUUCGUGAGUGAGUUCGAGAAGGAGUUCCAGACGAGGCUCGGCUUGAACAGCGAUACCGGCAGUCCGAGCGUGGUGACGCUAGUAGGUCAGUGGUUAUCGAAAUUAAACUUGGCAGACUACGAAUCGCUCUUUCUCAACUACGGAUUCGACGACUUGGAAUUCAUCAACGGCGUGCUCGACGACUCGGACCUCAAGGACAUGGGCAUAACGAGCGAGCAGGACCGCGCGAGUAUCCUGAACGCGGCGUCCAUGCUGAACAACCGCGUGGAGAAGCGCCCGGCUGGCAAUCCCAAUCAAUCGGUGGACGAGUGGCUGAAAUCCAUCCACCUGGAGAGCUACGCGGAGCUGUUCAGGCGGCACCUCUACACCGACAUGGAUCGAGUGCGGAGGGUCUGGGAGGUCGAGCUUGCGGCCGUCCUCGAGAUCAAGAAGCCCGCGCAUCGCAAGAGGAUCCUCGCCUCGGUCAGCGGCGGCUCCUCCACUCACUCCGUCGCCUCCCACGUGCGCAACGGCAAUGGGCCUAACCUCGAGGAUCUCAACAAGGAUCUCAACACUCUGAAAUCGAAUAUUCAGCAGUUGAAAGACGAGAUUCGCGAGAAGCAUCCGGACACAGUCCAGGGCAACGGUCUGCCGACUCCGACAACAACGAGCGCAGCGACGACGGGACUGUCGACUGCGACGGUGGCUGGCACGAACGCCAGCACAACCGGUACACUGAAGCACCGGAAGAACAGACCAGCACCACCGCCCCCGCAAAAGCCGAGCUCGCACAACGGGGCCGUCCAGGCAUCCGAGAAUCUGGAGAUCAGAGGCCCGUCGGAGCUGCUUUUCGGCGUGCCCUCGACCCUCAAGACACAAUGGAGACAUCAACCCAAGGAUCUAGUCACUGGCUCCGUUACCUACGUUGCUAAUUAUUUGGGUUCAACAGUCGUCAAAGAACUGAGAGGAACGGAGUCCACGAAGAAAUCGAUUCAGAAGCUGAAGAAGGUCUGUCGCGAUCCCAGAGGUACUCCGGAUAUCACUUUGUCGAUCUCCUACCGGGGCGUCAGAUUCCUGAAUACACUUACUGAUGAGCCGAUUUGCGAACACGAGAUUCGGAAUAUUCACUGUGCUUGUCAGGAUGCAGACGAUCUCACACACUUCGCUUACAUUACCAAAGAUCACGCCAGUCGAACUCAUUUCUGCCAUGUUUUCUGCGUGCCAACCAUGGACCAGGCAACGGAGAUAAUACUGACUUUGGGCCAGGCAUUCGAAGUAGCAUACCAAAUAGCAAUAAAGGACAAACUCGGCGGUCACGCCAUCCGCUCGCAGUCGUCCAGUCAGCUGGCGAGUCUUGCGUCUUCCGCAAUGAACUCUGCAACGAAAGUCGCCAGUUCACCCUCGAGAGAAUCAAGUCAUAGCGAACAACGCAACAACGAGUCGAACAAUCACUACCAGACGAGCACAAAUCCGAGAACCAAGCCUCGUUCUAAAUCCAUCACCAAUCCCUUCCUCAACUCCCGCUCAGGUCUGAGCUUGCCUCAACAACAGCAGAGCAGCUGUCGUGUCCCGAGUCCCAACAAGACAUCCGUAAACUCCAAUUCCCAUAGUAACUCCAACAAUUCAAAUUCAAAUUCGAAUUCAAACUCGAAUUCGAAGUCGAGCAGCGGCACCACCACCACCCCCGUGGCGAUGAAACUUCUGGCGACGCACGGACGUUCCCACUCAGUCAACGACAUCAAGAUCAACGGCAAUCAGCUAAAGCUCGCGCCUGCUCCGAUGGACGACAUCAGCAUUGGCGUGAAGGACAUGAAGGCCGGUUCUAGGGCGCCUAUAGCCCUGUCCGAGGAACUAUAAUGCGGACUGUUCGUCCCCGAACUUCCACGUUGUUCCCUCGUACCCAUAUGUUUUCAGACACUUUUCUGUUUUAGUUCUCGCUCGUUAACGUACCACGUGUAAAUUUUCAACCUUUGUAAAUAAUAUACGACGAUGAUAAAAGGACAAGCCGUAAUAUUGUGAUGACGAGUUCGCGAUGGACAAAAUUUUUAUGCUCUUUUUAAGUCAUGCGCUUUACACAUGCGAACGGUGAUGUUGCAUUACUGUGACACUAUACGCUGACUUUUCAACAGAUUAUGUUAUUUAUUACCAAUCACGUAUUCAAUUAUUCGUAUUAUGUUGUGUAACAUAUUUUAUGUUAUUUUUUAAGUUAACUCAAUAAAACAUAUUUUCUAUUAUUUUUUUCGUUUUGUUUAUUUUAUUUUUUAGUUUUUAUCGUGGUGCUAUUCUGUCGCAUGUGCUAUAGUAAACGAAUGCAUGUUUAUCUAUAUUUGGACGACGUUAUUGUCCAGUAGUGCGACAUCACUUAUUAGCGGUCAAAGCUCUUGGAUGUUGAUUACGAAUACGUGUUUAUUAAUUUUAUUUUUACUCUUUUUCGGUGAUAGAAAAAGCCCUAAUUCAUUAUCAUAAGUGAUAAUUAGUUAAGCUCGUAAUAGCUGAAUAUAAUUCUCUUUGAGAAUUAUAAAAUCUUUUCAGGUAAUAUUGGUUCGAUAUACUAUACAACUAAUAUAUCGUACGUAAAGUCGCAAAAUCAUUGUUCAGGUAAGUAGCAAUAGCAUUUUUCUCAGACAGUUACAAUUACAACGUGGUGUUUUGAAAGAAUAGAAAAGGCCAUCGAAAGAAAUAAUGAAAUGUAAUUGAUGGGACAUGAUUUUUUUUUAUAUAAAUAAGAAAAAAAAGUAGGCCUUACUUUACGAAUGACACGUGAUAAUUGCAACGUAUCAGGUUGACGAACUUUUCGACAAUUUUCAUGGCAAUCGAAUCUUUAUAAAAAAAUGCUAAAAUAUACCGCUCUCAAAUUAAAAAAAAUGAGAUAAAGUGAUUCAAUUGAUAAGAAACGUAACUUUCCUCAUUGACAUAGAUAUUUUGAGCAGCUUUGGUAAGGCAAAUACCGCUUUCAUGAAUUUGGUAUAAUUCAAUCGCAUCUGCAAAUUUAUCACAUUCCUAUAAUGCAGCAAGAAUAAGAUGUACGUGUUCUUGUUAUCUUCAGCUGAAAUGAAACGAACUUGAAAAAUUGACGGAUGGGUAGAAAAUUAUGAAAUUUUGAAUAUGUGAUAUAAUUACCCUUUAUAAAUUAGCUAAUGCUUCCAAAUUUAUCUAUUACUGUAAUAUAUUUUAGCUUUAUAGAUAACAAGAAUUUCGAACAAUUAUAUAACAGGAAAUCUUAUAUACCGUACUACACUCCAGCUGUUAAGUCUGAAACUAUUUUCGUGGUCAUUAUUAUUAUUAUUUUUUUAUCAACUGAUAUAACUAUUACUAAUUUAGAACUUCGGCAGUUACAUUUUUAUAAAGACUGAAUAAAAAAGAAAUUACACUUACUUUCCAUUACCCAUCGUUCGCACAAGAAAAGUUUUAAAACGGACCUAAAAUAAACGAAAUUUUUGUUUGUGAUUAUAACAACAAGUAAAAUAGGUUUCGAUGCAUCGUAAAAAAGUAAUUUUUAAGUACUAUUAUCAUAUAAUAAUACCUAAUUUUACAUUCAUACAAUAUGUGAAUCAACGGUAUAAACGUGAUAGAUUUGCGCGUAAAUCUUCUGACAAUUAUUAUAAUAUUGUAAUUUAUGCGUAUUUAUAAAUUUUAAGUACCCUACACCGGGUAUCAUCAUGGGACAAUUAACUAUAAUCUCUAAGAACAAAAACGUAAUUUUCCUGAGUUCAUUGCUCGUGCGAUUAAAGUUUAAAAAAUCACAAAAAUAUAUAAAGUACAUAAACUUGUGUCAAAACGUAAACAAUCUUACAAAUUUUUACCUCAAUUUUUUAAUUAAACUUUUAUCAAAAAUAUUAUUCUUAGAAAGUUUACAAUAAUUUUUCAAAAGCGAUAACAAAAAAGGCAUUCAUUUUUUCAUACAAAUAAAGAUUGCAGUGAAAAAAGAGUGGUAUAAAAUAAAAAGCAAAAGUGUUAAUGCCGUCUUUCAUAUAUAUAGAGAAGGAGAUUACGUAUAUAAUUACGUAUAUAUAAACUUGCAAGCAAAAUAUGCUAUCAACACCGUGGAAAAAAAUAGACAACAUAAUAAGCGCGUUGACAAAGCGACAACGAACAUGACGCAUAAUCGUUCUUGAUAUUAGAGUGCGGGACGGCCUACAUUGAAAAACGUCGCGCGACGAAUAUGAUGUAGUGAUAUUUCGAGCGUGAUUAUACUGUAACGAUUUAUUAAAGAUACACGGAUAGAGCAAACAAAUAAUAUAAGUAAAUCUAUUAUAUUGAAUAAAUAGAAAUGCUUGGAUGGAAUCAAAGAAAAAUAGUCAAAACCAAAGAGGAAACGCUAACAUUACAUUGGGUCAUCACAGCAGUCGAUUUUAUACAUAAAUUAAUUAUAAAGCCAGAUUAUAUAUGUAGAGGCCUCGUAAUGACUAUGUCGGUGAAAUUAUAAAUGGCUUAUUAAACACUUCAUUUGAACUAAUUUAACUUUUAACUUCUAUACAUUUGUCUCACAUGAUAAAAAAAUGUCUGGUAAUGAUGAGUAAUGUAUGUAUUACUACAAAAAUACAACUUAACUUUGAACAGUAUUAGAAAACAAGUUUUCUGGGUCCUUCACAUAGAGAUAAAGAAUAAGAAUUUAGAAAUAUUUAGAAAGAUAAAAAUAACGAAAAUAACUUUAAGCUACUGAAAUAUGAAUGAAAAGACAAAUUUAUUUAUAAAUGCAACAAUAAAACUGCCAAAACAAUACAUGCCUUUGUUAAUUCGCGUAACAAGGAUAUGCUACGCACAUACUGUACACCGUCGUGUUUAUUAUCGGUGAAAUUAAGAAAUGACAGUUUAUUUCAAGAAGUUGAGGCCAAGAAAUGGCACUUUUUAGAAAAAGAAAAAUUAAGCAAAUUAUAGUAUACUAUAAUGCAUACACAAUAUUAAUAGGGUAAUACACACCCAUUGUUGUAUAAAAGUUGCUUACACACAGAAUUUGACGACAUUUUUCAUAUUUAUCCACAAAAUAACGUGUCAAAUCAUCAUAUGACAUUAAUUAUUCACAGACACAGCGAAAAUACGAUGAAAACGCUUAUGGGUAUUUAUCUUCUAUUGUUUGAAAUAUCCAAAAGCAUUUUCGUCGGAUUUAGCAACUUGCAUGAUGACAUCUAAAAUCAAAUCACGCAGCUCCUAAUCAUUAAUAAUUGCGAUAUGCCAAGGCGCACAAAGAUAUUAUACCGUCGGACCAAAAGAAAAAGACGAUAAAAUGAUGGGAAAUAAAAUCUAUAUAGGUACCCAAAGAUACAUGAUUAUUGACUACGUUUUUGUAAAAAAAGACGUUGCAUAUAUCUGAUAAGAAAAUUAAAAAGAACACACUCGCUGACCUCGUGAAUCAACUUCCGAGAUCUCGGCAUCUAUACACGAUCACUUAGAAAUAAUAAUUUGUAUGUUGUUAAUACACUAAAUAUUAAAAGUAAGAAACGAAUUAAUUGUGUGUAAAAAGAUAGUCGAUAUGUCUAGAUAUACAUAAAAUAAUUAAAGGAAUAUAGUUAUUGAUAUCGUGAAAGCUUUGACCAAUAGGAUUCAGUUCAAUAAAGCUCAGUUCAUAUUUUACUUUUGUACAGUAAAAGAAAAUCUUAAAAUGGUUAAAUUAUAAAUCUUAUUGCGAUAUAUAGCUUAUAUAAAAAUGUUGAGAUUAUUAAAAAUAUAAAUUAAACUAUACAUACAAUAGUUUAAAUUUAUGAUGAGACUAUAAUUUUUAAAAGAUAACUAAAAUUUUUUUAUUGUUAUUUUAUAGUAAUUAGCAAAUACUGCAUAUAUAUUUAUAGCAUUAAAGUAAUUUUUUCUAAUGAAUGAUUUAUUUAUUGGUGCUCAAAAGUUGAUUUCCUGCAUGAAAGUUCUCAAUGAAACAAAUUUCAUAAUCGGAGUUUUGUAAAAAUACUUGAAUUAGAGUAUUUUUAAUGAAAUUAUUUGUUUUCAUUUUGUGUGCAAAUUAGAAAAAACCAAAGUGUUAAGAAAUUGCAUGCAGGGAGCUGAUUAUUAAUUCUUAAGCUUUGUUGAUCAUUUCACGUAAUUAUUAAUUACAAAUAUUCUAUUUUUUCAUUGGAAAGCUCUUGUUACAAUAAUUAUUUUUCUAAAAAAACGAAAAAAAAACGUUGCAUAAAUAAAAUUUAAAUUAUGCUUCCACACCAAUAAAAUGUAACUGUCCGUGUAUUUCAUUAUUUAAUUUUUAAGAAAAUAACCUAUGCGUGUAUUUUAAUUGGUGUAAGGGACACGAAUAAGAGCUUGGCACUUUCACUAAUCUACAUAAUAAGACAUUCUUGCGCCUUUAAUUAAUAGAAUUCAAAUUCAGCAACUGAAAGAGGUUGCGACUUCUCAAACAGCGUGACUUUCCAUAUCGUGUUUGCAGGAUUGUUUAUUAGCCACGACCUCAUAAUUAUUCACUAUAACUGGCGAAUACUUUCGCGAGUAAGUCCCUGAUUUCGUGUGCUUCUAAGUAAUUACGAGUCUUAGUCGAGAUUUAAUUUUCCCUUUGAUAUCUAGGAGAUUCAUUCGUUAAGAGGCACGCGCAUUAAUACGUAUAUAUACGUCUACACUUGAGUAUAGGCAUCAUUAACGCGUCGUUCAUACACAGAUAAAGCUCCUACUGGUGGGCGGAUUCGCUAUAUAGAAGACUUGAUUUGAAAUGCGUGCAUGUCGCGUGCCACUUGCCUUCAUGCUAUGUGCUACCACUCACUUUUUCCCCGUAAAUAAUAUCGCUUGAAAUUUAAGCGCUUAUUUGCAUAUCGUAUCCUAUAUGAUAACUCUUGCUUCUACCUUUGACUCAUCAUCUCAUAUACACAGGUAUCUAUAUUAUGCAGAUAUCUUUACAAAUACUACUCUCAAAUUAUGAAAUUCAUACCUUUGGUUGUGAUCGAUACUUCUACGUUCGAGGAUUUGAAAGUUUUUGUUUUUUGUAAAAAGUUGUUGAAAAUCUUGAAACAUUAUACAACUAUAUUUUUUAAGCUAAGUAUAAUUGUUUAAAAAUGUACAUGAAAAAUAACUAUUCUUCUUACGAUUUACGAGCUUAUAUACUUCCAGUACAUUUGAAUAUAAAUAUUAUUAUCUUAAAGACUUGAAAUUAGAUUGUUAUUAGCGUAUUCAUUUAUUUUCGUAAAACGAAUCAUAACAUUACCAUCAUCAUUAUCAUCUACAUCGUCAUUAUCACUAUCAUUAUCAAACUCUAUAUGUCAUUCCAAAUACCUGAGCUUUUGCCUCUUUAGGAUAGCAAAAAGUAUAUGUGUAAUUGUAUAGUGAGUAAUAAUAUAUUACAUGUAAAAGGAAAGAAUUUAUUAUCAUAUUAUUGGCUUGAUCAAAAAGGAUGCACCGAAUUUCAUUGAGAAAAGAUGGAGCAUCGAAGGUUCGCAAAGGGCACUUAUUGAACUGAUUAUCCCAGUGGUCAAAGAAGCUAUACUUACGCGUAUUUCGUGGAUUUAAAACUACAUGUAAGGCUAAAAUUAAGCAGGUUGACAUCGCAAAUCAUUGCAGAAAUAGAAGCGCACGCUUCAGUGUUCAAUGAUCCCUUUCUGUAAUAAUAUUGCCACAUACAACCGCGUCUGCGCCUCGGCUCUACGUGAGCGUGUACCUCGUUCUUGGCUCUGUUCGCUCGUUUUUCCGAUCAAACACGUAGGUGAGAGUGCAAAACUCUCGCUAAUAUUACUCUUCAUGCAUGCUUAUAUGCACGACGCAUAAAAAUUGUUGUUCUUCGUACGUACUGAAGCAAAUUCUUUUCAUCCUUGAUAUGUAAAUAUGUGAUGAAAUUUCUCUAUCUCGCAAUAUUAUAACUACAUAUUCAAUCUUAUGAUUCUGUAACAAAUCUAGUGAAGUGGGGAUUUUAAAAUUACUUUAAGCAUGAGAUUGAAAUGCUUUGUAUGAUCUUUCGAUUGUAUAGAUAUUGUAUAUUUGAUCCUAACUACAAUACAUUCAAUUUCAGCAUAUAAUUUUAAUCUAUAUAACUAUAUAUCAACGUUAAUAUUUCCCCAUUUCGAAUGGUUUCUCUGUGCAAGUAUUAACAUUAAGUAUUUAUUAUGAUCAAUGCAGUAAAAGCAUUAUACAAUAAAUAAUUUGUAGCACAAGCCAUCAUACUAUAAUUGUAAUCAUGAUAUACAACACAAGAUUUUUUAAAUAAUAAGUCGAUAGCACUGUUUUCCAUAACUUUUUAACAAAGUUUCGUCUUCAUUGUUUAUACCCCACACAGUUUUAUAUGCAUAUACGAAUACUUCGAUAGAAACUAUAAGAAACGUUUGCGUGAUAAUAAAACUAUACACCAAAGUAUAAGACUACCUUCACUAACAGUUCUUGCAGUUAGCUGUAAAAAAAGCACUUUAUCAAAUGCCAUUUAUGUACAAAAUAUUAAAAACUAAUAGAAAAUUGUAAAAAAACUUAUCUACACAUUACACACUUACAAUAAUUGCAGAAACAUAUAGAGAUGCAAGUAUUAGUAAUCCUUUUUCUUCAUCGCAUAAAAGACAGCGCAAGAUGUUUAAUAAGAGAAUUGUAAUAACUUAAGAUUAUCACUCUAUAAGACAUUGUGCCACACACGUGUUCAUAAGGAAGUUUUUUUAAUAGGCACUACUUAUGCAUCAUUGUAAAAAAUGUUUUCAUUGGUUUGGUGAAACGUUCGAACAGAGAAAGCGACGGCCCGCAUAUAAACACAAAAGAAGCGAAUGAACGUAAAUAUUAUUCUGCACUCGAAAGCCGAUGCGUUAAAUAAUCAUGGUAUUUUAAUUAAAACUAAGUACGAAUAUAUAACACUGUGGUCUGUGUAUCAUCAUUCACAUAUAGUGAUAAGAGGUGAAAAUCUCUGUUGAAAUAAAUGGUGCGAUUUUGUGAUAAAACAUGCGUUUUGUUAAUAAUAUAAUAUCGAGAAUUGUUUAAUUCCUCAUGCUUUAACAGAAAACUGAAAAUGUAUACGCAUGUCAUAUCGAUCGCUUUAAAAUGUAUAAACAACGUUAGCUUUUUCAACAGAGACGCCUCUUGAGCUCAUCAGAACAACUUUAUUAUGAGGCUCCUAAGGAAGACUAGCACGCGUUUCGACAUAACCGCGAACUUCAGCACCGAAAGUUACUUUGUGAGGAAAAUAAGCCCAAAACGAGGGCUUGUAACGAAGAAUCACACGAAGACCGAGUUUGCCGCGAAGACUAGCUCGCUAAGAUACCUUUGCAUCGAAUAGUAGCACGUGUUGCGAGCUCGCAACGAAAACGAAAACUCUCUGUCUUUCAUGCGGCGAAAAGUAACACCAAAACCGGGUUUACUCUCGCCCGUAAUCCUUAACACAUGGGUCACAUAUUUUCCGAGAGUCGCUACGAGACCAAAAGUGUCUUCCCUGCUUUUACAUUGCAAAUGCCGCAUUAUACACAAAACAUUGUAGAACACAGUUUAAUAUUCAAAAAAUACUGGUUAAAAUGAAAUUCAAAUGCUAAAAAUCGGAUAAGAUUUAUAUUUAAAAAUAUUUUUUUAUAAUCGAAUCUUGUUUCGUUUUCACAAAUUUAAUAAUAAUAAUAGUUAAAUUAAGUUCAUAAGUCAUAUUCGAUAAUAAAAAUGGCAAAUAUACAAAUAUAUCUAAAUAUUGGUCGGCGCGUGAAAUUACCAGAACAGUAACUAAAUUUAGUCCGAUUUUUAUCAUUCGAAUUUCAUUUUAAUCGGUAUUUUUUGGAUAUUAAAAUGUGUUCUACAAUGUUUUGUGUAUAAUGCAGCAUUUGCAAUGUAAAAACAGGGAGGACCCUUUUAGUCUCGUAGUGAUCCUAGUAAAAUGUAGCCUAUGUGUUAAGGAUUACGGGCGAGAGUAAGCCCGGUUUUGGUGUUACUUUUCGCCGCAUGAAAGACAGAGAGUUUUCGUUUUCGUUGCGAGCUCACAACACGUGCUACUAUUCGAUGCAAAGGUAUCUUAGCGAGCUAGUCUUUGCGGCAAUCUCAGUUUUCGUGAGACUCUUCGUUACAAGUCGUGAAGUGAGAUAGUGUUCGCAGUUAGCUGAGUGGUGCUAGUCUUCUGUAGGAGCGUCGAUUAUAUCUGAGCAAAAAUGCAGCAAUAUAACAAAUGGACGCCAUCAGAAGGAUUGUUCUAAAUAUUCUUUGCAAACACAUGCUCUACAUUUUGAACGCACUUGUGUGCGUGAAUUAUAAUGCGAUAAUAAUAACUCUGUCAUUCAUCUACGUUUAAUAGAUUGCCAUUGAUGGAGUUGUAUGAAGUGUUAAUUAUAGCGGAUGGUACGACUUAAGGAAAAUAACGCUGCGGUUCAUAUAAUUAUAAGAUACGAUGAUAAUAUAAAACUUGCCACGCUUUUUGCCGCUGGUACGUCAUGGAUCGACCACUCGCAUGUGUUCUUUUGAGCCAGAACUUUCUUUACAAAAGAUUGCUUCGUACAUUAGAACACGGUAUUUAAUUUUAAUAAUAAUCGAUUAUUUAUUAUUGCUUUGAUGCAAUUGCUGUUUUUUACUUGUUACGUUUUAUCUGUUUAAACUGUUAUUGUGAUUCGCAAACAUUCACGAGCUAAAAACAUUAAAUGCUGUAAAAUAGGGCAUCACAUCUCUUUAAUCUAACUAGUUGGUCGCUCGAGAUUGAGCAGCUACGUGCAUUAUUUUCUUUGGGCCAAGCAAAGUAUUUCUCAUUAGAAUGUAAUGCUGACAAUAGAAUCGAUUCAUUGACUCUCGGCAAACUCGAUAUUUAUUUCUCAUUGUGAAUUAAUAAGCUCGAUUUCUAUAUAAAACUAAGGAUUGAAGUUUGAAACUUACGCAAAUAAGUAUAAUUAAAUAAAUAAAAAAUAGCUAGAUAGUGAUUCUAUCGAUAAAGUUUAUUCUAGUUCAUCAUCGAUCGCAUACUCAUUAUCGCUAAAGCAUCAGAAGAGAACAUGCCAACGGAUUUUCAAUCGGUUGACAAUUUCUUUGUCAUCUCCGAAACGCACGCUCCAUUGAUCAUUACCAUUUAACCUCUCAACUCGGCUGCGAUUAUUUUAAAUAUAAGUCUCGCUUAUUUUUGACUAUCCAAUUGACGAAAGAUGUAUGAUGUAUUAAUUUACGAAAUGCUCUUACUUGUGAUUUAAUUUCAGUCGUGCUGGAAUAUGUGCGAAAAAACAACAUUGUGGAGUUUCUGUAAUAAAGAACAUCGCUGUUUUAAAGCAAGCAAGGGCGAAGUGCAAAGUCAUAUGGAAUUUGUCGAGUGUAAAUAAGUAAAGGCUAAAGAACGUGCGUUGUAAAAUAGGCAUAGAAAAGUUCUAAUCGUGCAAUGUUUUAACGUGUAACUAAGCGAUAUAGUCAGAAUUCGUUAAAGAACGGACGUGAAGAAGAGAUGAAAGGAAUCAAUCCAUUUCGUAACCGUCGUUCAAUAAAGGCAACUAUAUUUCUUUUCUCAAGCAAAUUAUAGAUAUGCGAGACUACGAUUGCGUGUAUUAUAUAAUUGUAAUACAUAUAAUUAAAUAACAGUAUAACGUACGCUAAAUAUGCAAAUAUCGUGCUUUUAUUCACACGUGAUUCCGAAGUCUCUGCUUCCAUUCGUCGAAAUUGAACGUUCGCGUAAAAGCGCUGAUCGAUCUGUUAAUCGUGUUUUUUCGCUUUGAACGGCCGCAUAUACAGAAUAUUAUAUGACUCGAGUUGAAGAGAUCUAUAUAAAAGGAAACGGGAUUGAUUUAUCGCUUUAGGCAUAUUUAAAAGGGAGUAAGGUAAUCGUGUAAUAUUUAAUUAGAGGGAAAGUAAGGGCAGAUUAGUACGGAGCAAUGGAAAGCUUUGCUUGUGAUGUGAUGCAACCUUACAGGACUGCACGUCGAUGUCAGGCGAUCCAUUGCUCUUAUUUCAACGUGUACAGAAAGGAAACGACGGACAAAGAGAUAUCACCUGUCAAUAUCAAAAAAUCAAAAGCGGAUUACGAGGCGAAAGAAAGAGAUAAAGAGAAAGAGAAAAGUUAAAAAAAAAACGCGAAAUGCAACAGCGGAUGUAGGGAUAAAUAAAGAAUGUAGGAAAGGUGCAUGAAUAUUAUAUUAUUCGCUCGAGGCUUGUAAAACCGGGGAUGCCAUAUUAUAUGGAUGCGCUAUAUUUUAAAAAAACGCAGCCUCAUCGUCAUUGAAUCACAUAUAGACGCAGACUUUCUAGGUUAUUCUCGUAUAAUUUAUAUUUAUUAUUGUUCAUGUUUACUAGAAGUAUAUAUAAAUAUAUAAAAUAUAUCAGAGAUUAUUCCCCGGAACCUAUAUAAUGUCUACGUCUUAUAUAAUAAAAGUAAAAUUACAAACCAUUCCUUGAAUUUUUUAUUUUAUCACCCUUACAUAGUUAUAUUGGUCAUUGUCCGUUCACGUCUUUUUCCAAUUAUUCAAUGUCAGGGUAUGUAUUGCAACCCCUGUCUAGUCGUCGUAUACAAGAUCAUACCUAUACAUGGUCGAGUGCUAUACUUUGUGGAUUAUAAAGGUUGCACACUACUGGUCAUCUGGAUAUCGACUACAGAAAGAUAUACCUAUUGAAUAAUCAUCCACUUUAUCACUAAAUAAACGAUGUCUAACAUUAUUGUAAUUGUAAAUAUAUUCUUGUUUUUAAAAUAUUAAUGGUAAUUAAUUUGAAUGACAUAAAAAGUUGCAUAGGUAUACAGGUUAAAAAUUUAUAAAUAUUAAUUAUUGUAGAAACUUAAAUUUACACUUACGCGACUAGAAAUUCUUGUCAAAAACUUGCGAGUUUAACCUCGACCUAAUUUCUAUGUUAAAGAAUUCCAUACCUAAACUUUCUAUGUUCCGCACAGAGAUGAUAGGUGACGCAUAGAUUCUUUCGAAUUUUCUCAUAUUGUACCUGUACAGCUGAUAAACGGUUAUAAAUAAAUAUGAACACCAGAAUAAAAGAAAUACGACUUUA